AAACCUUUUAUGUUCAGGCAAUAAGAAUGCUUGAUGGUUCAGAUGAAGGAGAGGUCAAUGCACUUGCCAUUACUAAAGAACGAGAGCAUUUUGUCUCUGGAGGAGAAGACAAAGAAGUUAAGCUUUGGGGUUAUGAUGAAGGUAUCUGCUACACUAAAGGAUAAGGCCAUUCUGGCUAAUAGCAAGAGUAUUAUUUUUUUAUCUUGCGAUUACUAUAAGCCUUGACUAAAAAUCAAUCAUCUCUGUUGGAGCUGGAGGAGCCGUAUUAUUUGGAAAAUGCCAAAGCAUAACUAGAGUUACCUAAUAUGUAAAAUAUCAAAAAAUAAAAUUUAACCAACUACGAUGGAUUCUCAGUCGUAGAAAUCAAAUCCUGUUGCUAAAUCUUUUAGGUCUGGAACGAAAUAAUCUAAAAAUGAUAGGUUCAUUUCAAUACAAAUUCAUUAAUUUUUACAAUUUUGAACUUCUUAAGCA